AUGCAGCAGGUGUUGAGCAGCACGUUGCUGCCAAAACUGGCCGAAAGGCUGCAUGGCGCUUGGGCGCAGAUGCUAACAGCCAUGCAGCACAAGCAGUGCAGUGCCCUGCAAGCUGCGAUGGCAAAGGAGGAGGACGCACUGGACUUCCUGGUCGACCUCCUGUCUAUUGGGCAGCCUGCAGUAACGCAGGCCAUAGCAGAGGUCAUCGUCUGCGGGCCGCUGCUCUCCCAACUGCACGUGCUGGCAGAGCGCCACAGGUACGUGAACAGACCCAAGAGCAUCUGGGAGAUACUCAUGAUUGAUGUCGAGAACGACGGGCCCGUGCCAUCGCCGGAGCGUAUCGACGCCAUGCAGGCGGCGGAAGAGGAGAGUGAGAGCGCCUGCGCUGCCGAAGAGGAUCCACCGGACCAGCUUGCUGCCGUUCUGGCUGUCCGCUCACUGGCCAAGUUCUUUCAGAAGAUGCGGAAGGAGCGCUUGUCCGGAAUCCUGGUCCCGUUGAUUCAGCUGCUGCUGUGGCCAGCAGUGCCCGCAGAGAUCGCAGAGAGCAAGGCCUGUGCUGCAGAGUGGAGGGCCAGAGAAAUGCAGAGAAAUGCUGACAUGAACUGUUGA